UCCGCAUCGCCCUCGGGCAACAGAUGAAGGUCAGCCUUCCUCUCUUCGUCCUCAUCUUCACCGUGUCACCAAUCCCAGAGCUUGCUGGCGCAUCGUUCCUCGCAGACCUUGGUCCACGCCAACUGCACUGUAUCCAAGCCGAUGUUCUCUUGUCUGGCGCGUUCGACCCCGCAAGAUCGCGUCAGACCUAUUGA